AUGGAGAAUCUCGGUCAGAACCGUACAGAGCGUCUAAUAAAUCAGGGUCUGGCACAGCGUAGUAUAUCUCAGGACAUCGAUGCUGCCAUGGAGAUAGCCGCCCGAGAGUUGGUUCAGACGGAGGCAGCACGACAAACAGAUCGCCGGAUGGCACGACAGUAUGGCAUCGUGUUGGACAUCUCCGAAGUGGACCCAGACCACAACCGAAACGUGGUGAAUCCAAGCCACGGACCUCAUGAGCAGGUUCCACAUCCACCUGUCUCGUUAUAUCACACGCCAGUCGACAUUCCUCGCGUGCACGAUUGCAGUGCAGGUACCGGCUUGACCCCGAUGGAGCGCUUCGCGGCCAUCAGUACUAUCGACGAGCCCUGGCCAUUCUAUGCCAGAAAGCAGAUGACAGCCAUGAGAAUUCAGGAAGGAGAUCCGAAGACGGCCAUAAUGAGAGGCAAAGCUGCUCAGAUGGUGGCAGAAGCCAAUGGACAGCCGAUCGCUUCAUCAGAUGCGCUGAACGAAUGCAGCCGCAUGGAAUCUGGCACAGAGCCGCCAAGUAGUACACAGAAGAAGCAGAGACUGGUACGCAGGUCUCCCAGUCAUGGACCAAGGUCGAGUGGUGGCUGA